UCUGCGUCGUGUGAGUGCAAUUGAGGCUAAGACCAGCCUCUGCGAUUGCACAGACGGCACACCUACGGACUAGGUCGGCGAGAGAGUUCUCUCCCUCGCACAGCCGUCUCGGUUCACGCAAAUCGCCGUAAACCGCCUCACUGCAAGUCAGCAGCGCUGUCGCCGUAACCACACCUCACAGCAAGCAAGAUGCAGCGAGUCAUCGUCGCACUCGCGCUCAGCGCGGGCGCCACUACGGCCCUGCAGUUCGCCGCGCCGGUGCGCCCACUCAGCAAGCAUGUCAUGCGGGCCGAGGCCGACGCGCCGGUGACGGCCGCGGACAUCGAGGACGCCGCCGAGGCCGCCGAGGAGGCGCCCGUCGUCGCCGAGGAGGCCGCCGCCGAGGAGAAGCCGAAGCGCAAGAGCAAGAAGGACGCGACGCCGCUCGACCAGCUGGUCGUCGGCGAUUCCUACGACGGCACGAUCACUGGAGUGGCCGCCUAUGGCGCAUUCGUGGACAUCGGCGCCCAGUCCGACGGGCUGGUCCACAUCUCCGAGUUGAGCACGGAGUUCGUGUCCGACGUGAGCGCGGUCGUCUCCGAGGGCGACGCCGUCUCCGUCAGAGUUCUUAAAGUAGACGAGCAGAAGAAGCAGUUGUCUCUCUCCCUAAAGCCCGAGGGCGCGGCGGCGCCGCCGAAGCGCGGCGGCGGCGGGCGGCGCACGAAGAAGGCCGGCGCCGACGAGCUGCGCAAGUAUUUGGAUGCUGAUCCUCAAGAGUUCGUCGAGGGCACGGUCCGCACGGUGCUGUCCUGGGGCGCCUUCGUGAACAUUGCGGAAGGUGUGGAUGGGUUGGUGCACAUUUCGCGCGUGUCUGAUGAUCGCGUCGAAGAUUUGGAGGCCAUGCUGUCCCCGGGCGACAAGGUCCAGGUUCGAGUGGUCGAAGUCGACCUCGAGAAGGCCACGUUAGCCUUGGCCAUGAACACGUACCGCGAUCCGUCCACAUUGCCUCCUAGAAGAGCUCGGGACGACGGCGACGGCGAGUCCGCCGCGGCGAGACGCGCGAGGGACCCGGACGCCAAGUUCGGCGGCCAGCGCAAGCCGAAGCGCCGUGAUCCGGGAGACGACAUCUGGGACAACACCGACGACUUCGUCUGGAAGGACGUCUUGGAGAAGGCGGAGAACGAGGACGACAUGUCGUCGGGCUUCGUCGUCGACGAGAAGGGCGUGCUGUCGCUCAUGUAGGGUUCCCCUCUCCGCUCCGUAAGUGCUAUGGUAUAUA